AGCAGUGGUUAAGUGUGGUUGUCGUGGUUUUUCUUCUUCGUUGGCACUUGUUGCUGUAGUUUCUGCGAACCGUUGUUGCUCCCUUGCUAUUUCUUAUACUCCUACGCAAAUAUCGAUAAAAUUAUUCAUGUGAUUUCCAUAACGUACAAUCGUUUAUUUGUAACGUUUGAAAUUUUGAACUUCGGUGUUACGCGCCUAAACAAGUUCUGCAAGCGGCUAAAAUGUGGUUGUACCGAUUUUUCUGCACCACCGUGCUGCUAGUUGGCGAAUUUGGUUCACGGGCGGCGGCGGUGAAGGUUGAGGGCAUAGAACUGGAGGGCGGAGGCACGUAUGCACAACUGCAGGCGCGCGCUGCGCUGCACUGCCGCUACUCGCUGGACGAGGGCCAGCAGCUCGAGAAGCUCGGCUGGUUCAGAGACGCUGUGCCUGUGCUCACAUGGACGCCGCCGGAGCCACCGCUGCCGAGCGCGGAGUUCCGCGAUCGCGUGGACGUGGACGCGUCUGCCAACGGGUCGCUGGUGCUGGGCAAGACGGCCGCCGAGGACGCUGGUCCGUACACCUGCACGGUGCGCGCCACGGACGCCAAGCAGGACUCAAGCGAUCAGCCCUACCAUCUCGUCGUCGCAGAUGUUCCGAAGUUCGGCUUCAGUAUGACAGGCAACGUGGCCGAUUGCGUGUUGCAUUUUUCGUUCAGCGGUCCCCCGAUAUACCCGAAGCCCACGCCUCUGUGUGGCGUCUGGUCCACAGAUACGAGCUACACCAACACCGCCUCGGACUGGCAAGCCGUGCCCUACCAUAAUGGCUCAGUCGCAUACGCCAUCCACGACACUACAUUCCAAGUGCGCGGUAUGCCGCUGCAGGCUGGCGUGCGCUGCGAGAUGAGCUUCGUGCCGCCGUCCGGCGUCGCGGACGACGACCGCAUCGUCGCCUGGACCAACACCGCCUACUAUCCACAAGUGUCGGAGCGUGGCUGCCCUCCUCUGGAGGUGGGCGACGGUAUGGUUGUGCACUACAACAACCAUCGCACAACCUGCCGCGGUGAACUGGCUCCCCAAGACUCCACCAUGCAACUCAUCGCGAGCAUCGCAUGUCAGCCCGGCCACAAGAGCUCCCUGCGAGGCGGCGGCAUGUCUUCCCUGCAGCUGCAGUGCGUAGGAGGCCAGCAGUGGGAUCCUGUAGGAGGCAUCUCCUGGGACGAGUUCGAAGACAUGGAGUGCACAGAAGACUUUGACGCCCCAGUCGGGGAGACCGUACACGCGAGAGGCGAGAGCGAAGGCCUUCAGGACAGCCCCGAGCCAGAAGCGGAGCCGGACAGCGGCUCAUCCACUGUCAUUGCGUCUUCCGUCAGUGUUGCUCUAGCCAUAAUCGCUGGGCGAUUUUUAUAGUUCCGAAAAUUCGGGGCUGAAACAUAUUGCUUGAUGGAAUUUAACUUUGAACUUUCUCAACACUUGUUAUUUCCGAGCUUCCCAACACUGUAGCAGGAUAGGUAAUCUUUGAUUCAUAUAUUUCAGACUGAUUAAUCUAUUAGUGGCAUAAUAGUGGCAUAAUAGAGGAUUAAAAUGAGCCGAGGUUUCGCAAAUCGGUGAAAAUUUUUGUUGUUUCUCUGCUAAAAUGACCUUAAACUUAAAAAAAU